AUGUGGAACAUUUUUCAACAAAACGACAAGGGCUACGAGAUUAUUUCUUCGACAAAAGAUGAAGAAAUGCAUCAUCAAAGAGGGAACCCUUAUCAAUAUGAAAAAUUCGCAAAUGGAGGGCUUGAUUCAAGACCAGAAUCUUCUUUAUUCGAUUUUGAGCGAGCUGAAGAUGAUCCUCACUUAGCUGAGCUAGAAGCAAAGAGAGAAAAAGAAAUGCCGCGAUAA